CACGCUUUUCACGUUGUCAACUCCGAAUGCUGACGACGCAAACAAGGGUUUCACUUUUUACUGCUCCUGCUGCUGCUGUGCUUUCUUCUCCGCACACAUUGUUUCAGUGAUCGGAUGAAUGAAUAACUUUUUAGUCGAAAUUGGGGCAUUAUUAUUCGUCAACACGACUUUUCCUCCAUCGGCGAGCUCCGGAAGAGCUGUGAAUCGAGGGUUUUUGGUUUCGUUUAGGGGAAAACGGAGGCGCUUCGCGGACAAAUUAAUGGUAAGCAUGUUGAUACCUAAGGAGCCGGAACAAGUAAUUAAGCAGAGAGAUGGAUCCGUGCUGGGGAAGAAGACUAUUCUCAAGAGCGACCAUUUUCCAGGUUGCCACAACAAGCGCUUGCUUCCUCAUAUUGACGGCGCCCCCAAUUAUCGCAAGGCGAGCUCGUUGCCUGUUCAUGGGGUAGCGAUUCCGACUAUUGAUGGCAUCCGAAAUGUUCUCACGCAUAUUAGGGCUCACAUGAACGGAGAGCAGAUUCGUGUGCUCUGGAUUAGUCUUCGCGAGGAACCGGUGAUAUACAUUAACAGUCGGCCUUUUGUUCUACGUGAUGUUGAGCAGCCCUUUUCGAAUCUUGAAUAUACGGGCAUUAACAGGGUCAGGGUAGAGCAAAUGGAAGAUCGAUUGAAAGAAGAUAUCCUCGCAGAAGCUGCUAGGUAUGGAAAUAAAAUCCUUGUAACUGAUGAACUACCAGAUGGGCAGAUGGUGGAUCAAUGGGAGCCAGUUUCACAUGAUUCUGUUAAAACACCUCUAGAGGUGUACGAGGAAUUGACAAAUCAGUUCCUUGUUGAUUAUGAACGCGUUCCUAUAACAGAUGAAAAGUCUCCUAAAGAACAGGAUUUUGAUAUUCUGGUCCAAAAGAUUUCUCAAGCGAAUGUAAGGACAGAGAUUAUAUUCAACUGCCAAAUGGGGCGUGGACGAACAACCACAGGGAUGGUUAUCGCGACACUGAUUUAUUUUAACCGCAUUGGAGCUUCAGGCAUUCCUAGAACCAAUUCUAUGGGAAGAGUUUCUGAUUUAAGUGCUAGCAUUUCAACUGAGUUACCAAAGUCAGAGGAAUCUAUCCGCAGGGGAGAAUAUGCUGUCAUUAGGAGUCUCAUUCGAGUUCUUGAGGGUGGUGUUGAAGGCAAGAGGCAGGUUGAUAAAGUCAUCGAUAAAUGUGCAUCUAUGCAGGUAGUGUUUCCGACUUUCCGGUAUUCAACUCGGGUGCUUCAUUUUCUUAAUUCUAUGUUGCUUUGCUUACAGAAUCUACGUGAAGCUAUUUCUAGUUACCGAAGUAGUAUUCUGUGUCAAGCUGAUGAAAUGAAGAAGGAAGCAUCUCUUUCCUUUUUUGUAGAGUACCUGGAAAGAUAUUAUUUCCUUAUCUGCUUUGCUGUAUAUCUUCAUACAGAAAGAGACGCUCUCUAUCCUAUAUCUCCUGCUCAAUGCAGUUUCACAGAGUGGAUGAGAGCUAGACCAGAGCUUUAUAGUAUAUUGCGCAGAUUGCUUAGGAGAGAUCCAAUGGGGGCUCUAGGUUUUGCCAAUUUGAAACCACCUCUACCGACAAAUACUGAAUCUGUUGAUGGCCGCCCAUUAGAGAUGAGCCAAGUUGCUGCCUUAAGGAAUGGAGAGGUCCUUGGAAGUCAAACAGUUCUCAAAAGUGACCAUUGUCCUGGUUGUCAACAUCCUUGUUUGCCGGAAAGACUGGAGGGUGCUCCCAAUUUUAGAGAAAUUCCAGGGUUUCCAGUUUAUGGUGUUGCCAAUCCAACUGUCGAUGGAAUCAAAUCUGUCAUUCAAAGGAUUGGUAGCUCAAGAGGCGGCCGUCCAGUACUGUGGCACAAUAUGAGAGAAGAACCUGUUGUUUACAUUAAAGGAAGACCAUUUGUACUUCGGGAAGUUGAAAGACCAUACAAAAAUAUGCUCGAGUAUUCGGGGAUUGACUGUGAAAGAGUAGAAAGAAUGGAAGCUAGGCUGAAGGAUGAUAUUUUGCGUGAAGCUGAGCGUUAUCAGGGUGCCAUAAUGGUCAUUCAUGAAACUGAUGAUGGAAAAAUAUCAGAUGCUUGGGAACACGUGGACACAAAUGCUGUUCAGACCCCAAGGGAGGUAUUUAGCUGCUUUGAAGCUGAUGGUUUCCCCAUCAAAUAUGCACGUGUUCCAAUAACAGAUGGAAAAGCUCCUAAAGGUUCUGACUUUGACACUUUGGCCAUGAAUAUUGUGUCUGCCUCCAAAGACACAGCUUUUGUUUUUAACUGCCAGAUGGGGAUUGGACGGACAACAACUGGUACUGUUAUUGCUUGUCUUCUGAAGCUCCGGAUAGACUAUGGAAGGCCUGUCAGAGUGUUAGUUGAUGACCCAUCACAGAAAGAGCUUAGUAGCCGCAGAGAUGAUGAGAGUGAAGAAUGUAUAACUUCAUCAUUAUCUUCUUCCGAAGGAGUAAGGCCUGGGGAAGACUCUUGUCAUUCAUUUGGGAUUAAUGACAUCCUAUUGUUGUGGAAGAUUACAAGAUUAUUUGAUAAUGGGGUGGAAUGCCGAGGCGCUUUAGAUGCUAUAAUAGAUAGGUGUUCAGCACUUCAGAAUAUUCGCCAAGCUGUCUUGCAGUAUAGGCAGCUGUUUAAUCAACAGCAUAUGGAGCCUCGAGAAAGACGAGUUGCAUUAAACCGUGGUGCUGAAUAUUUGGAACGAUAUUUCCGCUUAAUUGCUUUUGCAGCAUAUCUAGGAAGCAAAGCAUUUGAUGGUUUUUGUGGGCAAGGAGAGUCAAGAAUGACUUUUAAAAACUGGUUACAUCAGAGACCAGAGGUUCAAGCCAUGAAAUGGUCCAUCAGAUUAAGACCUGGACGAUUCUUUACUAUCCCUGAGGAAUUGAGAGCUCCAUAUGAUUCUCAACACGGAGAUGCUGUGAUGGAGGCAAUUGUCAAGGAUCGUAAUGGCUCAGUUUUGGGGAAGGGCUGUAUUCUUAAGAUGUAUUUCUUUCCUGGUCAAAGAACUUCUAGCCACAUACAGAUCCAUGGUGCACCAAAUGUAUACAAGGUCGAUGGAUAUCCUGUGUUUAGCAUGGCAACCCCAACAAUUGCUGGUGCAGAAGAGAUGUUAGCUUAUUUAGGCACCAAGCCCAUAGCAGAAGGAAGUUCUCAGAAAGUAGUUUUGACAGAUUUACGCGAAGAGGCUGUUGUGUACAUCAACAACACACCUUUUGUCCUUCGGGAACUCAAUAAGCCUGUUGAUACACUCAAGCACAUAGGAAUCACUGGCCCAGUGGUGGAACAGAUGGAGGCACGUUUGAAGGAAGAUAUAAUUUCUGAGAUAAAAAAAUCUGGUGGUAGGAUGCUUUUACACCGCGAAGAAUAUGAUCCUGCAUUAAAACAGGCCAGUGUUAUAGGAUACUGGGAGAAUAUUUUUGUAGAUGAUGUUAAGACUCCAGCAGAGGUAUAUGAUGCUCUAAAGCAUGAAGGGCAUAACAUGGCUUACCGGAGGAUCCCAUUAACCAGAGAAAGAGAAGCUCUACCCUCAGAUGUUGAUUCCAUCCAGUAUCGAAAGGAUGACUCUGCAGGGUCUUAUCUUUUCAUAUCACAUACAGGAUUUGGAGGGGUUGCGUAUGCAAUGGCUAUCAUUUGUAUGAGGCUUGAAGCAGAGGCAGCACUAAAAUCACAUGUCUUGCGAUCUGUUGGAAUUUCAAGCUCCACUAGUUCAGUUAAAGAACAAUUUAAUUCUGAUGAUGAAGCAAGAAAACUGGGUGAUUACAGAGACAUUUUAAGCUUGAUUAGAGUCCUUGUCCAUGGUCCUGAGAGCAAAGCAGAUGUGGACUCGGUUAUAGAUAGGUGCGCUGGUGCUGGACACUUGAGAGAUGAUAUCCUAUACUACAGCAAGGAACUUGAAAGGCUUUCAAAUGAUAGUGAUGAACAUCAGGCACACCUUGUUGAUAUGGGUAUCAAAGCUCUGAGGCGAUACUUCUUCCUGAUCGCGUUUAGAUCCUAUCUGUACAGCACGUCAGCCGGGGAGAUGAAAUUCACAACAUGGAUGGAUGCGAGGCCUGAACUGGGCCAUCUUUGUAAUAAUCUUAGAAUUGAUAAGUGAUUAUAUAGUGUAGAAAUUAUGUAUAGAGAAAGCUCUGCUUGUCUUUAAUAUACUCAUCAUAUAGUAGUAAUGAGAAGUUGAGAAAUUCACCUCAUAAAUGUUUGGUUAAA